AUGUCCAUCGCAACAAGCAGCACCAGCGCGGGAUUGACCGCGUCCGUCGCCGGCAAUCAAGAUGAGGUUAGCGUGCCGGUUGCAAGCACACACGACAACGGAUCCCGAGAUGAAAUGCAUGGCGACGAAGGUUCGGAGUCUGACACAAGCUGUAACUUGAAGAAAGGACAUCUUGCCAAAAUCCCCGAUGAUGAAGAAGUUAUUGCCAUCUCAGUCGCGAGAGUUGAGCUGCCAGGGCAAGCGUCGCGCGAAGACUUGGCCAUCUGCCCAGACGUGGAGCAUACAGUCCUUGACCCGCCCAUGGACCAACGCACUGAAGUUCAAGGAUUACCAACCGGUACAAGUGGUGGCGUGGAGAAGGGACACUCUGUUGGCGACGCCGAUGUCCAAGGCAAUGUUGCUGCUGCAGUUGCGACCAUUGAGCUUUGUGUGAAGAGCUCAGAUGAAGACUUGGCCACUGCUCCAAAUGACAACAUGAAGAAGUGUGCAUUAGACGCAUCGAUGAACCGAGGAGGUGGAGACCAAGGAAUAAUCCCCGACGCAAGCGGCACCAUGGAGGAGCCUGGUCUCAACGCUUCGGAGAACGCAAAGGCCCUCGCCCCCGGAAUGUCGAAUAUUUUUGCCACGAUCUCGGCCGUGUGUCCAAACAUUGGCAAGUGCAUGAGCACUGAAACCUUCGAUACACGAUUGCACCAAAGCACCGAAAAGCUCGAAUUGACGUCUGACUCAAUCGGGUCAGUGACGAAGUACCACGUUGCUGGAACUCCCAACGAUGACGCCGUGAUUGGCCCCAAAGUUGCAACAAUCGAGCACUGUGUCAAGACCUCCGACAAAGUUGUGCCUACUUGCCGAAGUGCUGCCAUGGCGAAUGACGAAUUUGGCAUGCCCAUCUACCAGAACAAUGGAGACCAAGCACUUGCUCCUGAAGCAAUCGGCGCUGUGGACAAGGCGGAUGCUUCAAACACAUCCGAGCUUGAAGGAGUCGUUCUCAACACAGAAGGAUUGGGCACAUUGGAGGACAGAGGCACUGAUGAUCCAGUAAUUGCGACUGAAUCAAGCGCGGGCGUUGAGACGGAACCUGCAACGGCCAAUUUUGACAAUGAAAACGGGAUUGAUGUCACAGUUUCGACAGUCGAAUCUUGUUCCCUGUCAUGUGGCUCGUCGCACGACGACGACAUGGGUCCUAAUCAAGUCCCUUCAACAAGCGUGUCGGCACCAAGCACAAGUGAAGACUUGAAGACAAGGCAGAGCAUCCCGCCAGAGGGUGAUGACCCGACCGACAGUGUUGUCUACGGAUUGGCCUCUACAAGUCCGACUUCCGCGGCGAGGAAUGGACAAGUCGUUUCGACGCCAAGCGAUUUAGAGGCGACAAGCGAGCUGACUUCAAUGAGUGGUGGCAAAACGUUUGCUGUCUUACCAAAAUCGUUGCCAGGGGAGCCUGUGGGAAACGAAUAUGUGGAAAACAGACUCGUGACCGGCCACUUCAGCCCCGUGGCAGUCACGAUGGGCGACAACUUGACAUUACGAGUAAGCGUGGGAAACGGCAAGGGUGACGCCAGUUCUACGGGCGAAGACGUGCGUGCAAUCGCAGUCGAAAUGACCAGCCCAUGUUUGGAGGCGGUUGAUGAAUUCCAAGCCCUCCGACAACCAUACGACAAGGACUCUGGAGGCUUACCCACGGGAUAUUUGUUGACGCCGCUUGAGGAGAGAUUACCAACAGAGUUGUGUGUGGCGGCUGAGAAGAGCGCACAAGUCGAUGACAGUUCCAACGUCCAAGAAAAUGCCAAAGGUAGCGACAUGCUGUUGAUCUUUAGAUUUAUCACACAUCAAAUUUGA